ACAAAUGUCAAACACAAAACGUCAACAACAACUCAAAUGUGAAAACAAAAAAUUCUACCAAACAAUUUUGCCUCCUUUUUCAAAUGAAAUGAAAUUAUUUGUGUUUUAAUUUGAAUAAAAAUUGUUUAAAAAAAUGUCUGAAGACCAAGAUUAUUUACUUGCCUUAGAAUUACAAAAUAAAUGGAAUGAAGAACUACCAGAUAAUAAUGAUAUUCAACAAAUUCCCGAUGAAAGUCCACCGCCAAAACAAAAAAACAAAACCCCAAUCGAGGGUAAAUAUCGUUCAAAUUUAGAUCCAGAAUAUCUGGAACGAAUGGACAAUUUAGUCCAUCCGCAAUGGGAAACACUCGAUCCAACUCCAGAUUCUCAUGCUCUAUUUCGUGCAUUCGACGACAAGUUCUUCCAAAAGAAAUUACGUUGUGUCACUUUGGAAUGGAGCAAGAGAAUGUAUAGUUGUGCUGGUAUUUGCUAUUCAAGAAGGAAUGGCCUGGGAAUGGCCAUUACCAUUCGAUUGAGUGAACCACUUUUAAAAUUGCGUUCUAGAAAAGAUUUAGUUGAAACUAUGUUGCAUGAAAUGAUCCAUGCUUAUUGUUUUGUCUUGGGCAUUCGGGAGGGAAACGGUGGACAUGGUCCGAAUUUUAAGAAAAUCAUGAAUGGUAUUAACCAAGUCGCUGGAACAAAUAUCACGGUCUAUCAUUCCUUCCACGAUGAAGUAAAUGUCUAUAAGACACAUUGGUGGCGAUGUAAUGGCAUUUGUCAACAUCGUUCGCCGUUUUUUGGCUAUGUUAAACGUACUUCGAAUAGAGCACCAGGUCCAAAUGAUAUUUGGUGGAGUCAGCAUUUGCAAUCGUGUGGUGGAACUUUUAUGAAGAUUAAAGAACCUGAAAAACCUGCCAAGAAGACUGCCAAAACUGCAAAGACUAAGCAACCACCAAAAUCAAAGGCCAUUGAAGCUAAUAAUGUAAGAUCAAAUGAAUCAGAUUUAAGGAAAUUCUUCCCACCAACUGGAACUGGGGGACGCAAUGGAGGCGGAGGUGGUGGUCCAGUGAAGAGUAAUGGAGGCGGGACGUUGCUUUUGAAUCCUAAAACUAAGCCAGUUACUACAAAAGUUCAAGAUACGCCCCCGAUAAUGCCGGCAACAGGACCUAAAACAAUUCCUCGGCAAGGAAAUUUAACUAAUGUCAUUGGAUUCAAGGAUUUAGGAGAAGAUGGAGCUCCAAGAACACCAAGUGCUCCUCCUCGUGAAUUUUCCAUGGAUGGAAAAGGCUACUCUUUGACCAGCUCUGGUUCAUCUAGUCAGCCAAGUCAAGUCGACAAAGAAGUCGAUAGGAAUCAUCUUCGUGAUGUUUGGCUUAAGAGAUUCGGAAACACAACUACUUCAAAAGAACCUGAAAAGAAACGAGAAGAAGAAACUGAUGUUUCUGGGAAUGCUAAACGUCGACGUUUGUCUACUCCCAAUGAUGUGCCUAAUGAAGUUGCCUUCGUUGCCGACGAAGCUACAUCCAAACCACCAGAUUGGGUGGUCAUUGAUGAUGAUGUAAUGGUUCAUGAGGUUAAAAAUGACGUCAUUGAUAUAUCAUCCGACGAGGAGCAGGGAGAAUGUAAUGAUUCUGAAGAAUCAAAUGAUGCUCCUCCUCGCAAGGCUAUGGUAUUUGCUGAUGCUGAUGAACGGCAGAAGCAAAUCAAAAAAGAAAUUCUAGAUGAAUCGAAUGAUCUAUGCGAUGGAGAUGAUGGAGAUAUUGUUCUUAUUGAUGAUGAAUACGAUGAUAAUGAUGAUGCUUUGUCUACGUCUAUGGAGUUAGCCGAUACAUCUUUAGUUGAUGACUUAUUUGGGGAGGAUACUCUAUUGAAAGAAUUCAAGAAUGAAAAUGCGGUGAUUCCUUCCUGUUCGCGAUACAAUAAAGAUCCAAUGAAGGACAUUGUCACAUGUCCAAUUUGUCAAGAGAAAUUGAAGCGUGAGGAUUUCUCAGAACACUUGAAUGGAUGUGUUGGUAUUACGGUUAAAAUUGAAUAUGGUAGCAAGAAAAAGAUUGCCAAACCGAAGAAGCCACAAUCUUCCACACCAAAGAAGCGUUCCAGUACCACUUCCAAGUGUUCAUCGAAAACUAGGGAAAUUUUACUUAGUGCUGGGUAUAAAGAAGAAGACUUGGAGAAUCUACCUGCUUUGAGUGAAGAAUCAACAACAAGUAGUCCAGCAACUGAUGAUGAUUUGAAUGCAAGUGACAGGCUGAGUCGUUCGAAGGGACUUUAUACGGAGACUAGACCAUGUCCAGCUUGUUGUAAGGAAGUUGAGAUUGAUAAGAUAAAUGAACAUCUUGAUGAGUGCUUGGAGAAUGAUUAAAUUUACCUCUUUAACUUUGUUUUUUUUUUUUUUUUGUCCUAAAUAUUUUUUUGAAUACGUCUUCGUUAAGUUUUUUUUUAGGUUUAAUUUUUAUGGAAUAACAUUUUUAUUUUUACAUUUUUUUUUGUGUUUGCUAUUCAUGUGUUGUAAUAUGUAAUCGAAAAUACACGAAAAACAAGUUAAUUUAAAGGAAA